AUGCUGAAAUCAACCAUUGUCGAUACCCGCGUCCGCUUGCGUCCCUCGAAAAAAGUAUUAGAAUUCCUGGCUAAACACAAAGAGCAUUUUGACGAUGCGCCAGCUAAUUUGGCCCAAAUACUUAAAAAGAAUGGCUACAAACUGCUCGAAAAGACAACCAUCUUAAAGGAUAGUGAGAUAAGCACAAAGCGGCCUGCUAUAGACACAAAGCUGUUGGCGAAAUUAACUUCCAAUGUGUCUGAUUUGACUGCAACAGAAGAAUCUGAACAGGAGGAAGAGCAGGAGGAGUUGGAGGAUGAGAAACCACAACCUGUAGAUGGCUCUUACUUGUAUCUGACUGAUCUGCAUUGGCUGCACGAUGUUAUGAUUAAGCUCCGCGCUAAGGACAUCACAAAUGUAUUUCUACAUGAACUGAUUGAAAGCUGUGAGCUCAUCUUGCCUGAGAAUGAGUUCAAGCCGCGUAAUCCGGAGCUGGAGGCACGUUGCCAGCGCCUCCGCGAACAGCAACAGAAUCGCGAAUACCAGAAAAUGACCAAGAAUGUGGAUGCAACACUGCAGCAUUAUCCCGAAGACACCAUAGCCUAUCAACUUAAAAGCAUUAAUAAGCAGAUCAUUGCGGUGGCCCAAUUCAUCUUUUCGGUUGCCGCUGGCUUCACAUUUGGUUUCUUUGGCGUCAACUUGAUGGUGGGACCAUUGCCCUUUGGUUUUCGCAUUCUACUGGGCGUGAUUGUGGCCCUCGUUAUUGCGCUGGCGGAGAUGUAUUUCCUGGCCAAGAAGCUGCAUGAAUACGACGAGGUGUUUGAUGCACCCAAACGCAAACAAGCCGAAGAAUCGGUCAAGUCGAGCGGUGUGCAGAAAGUCAAACCGCAUAUUGAAUAAAUUAUUAUUUUGUUUUCUUUGAAAA